AUGAAAUAUUUUUUCAUAAUUUGGUUUGCUUAUUUGACUCUCGGGAAUUCAAUCGUAGGAAAAAAAGCAUCAGGUAAUCAUAGUUAUUAUUUGUUAGAAUAGUUCUUUCCAUAAAUAAUGGAUUGGCUUAAAAGAUAAGAAUAGAAGGUGGACUAAGCUUUGGCUUUUAGUGCUCUCACCAAAAUAAUUUAAUAAACAGAUGAAGAACUAUUUCAAAACACUGAAAAUUAAGAGUUUAUCAAGGCAUUUUAAUAAUAAGUAUUCUGUUAGAGUAACAUUAUUAAGAUAUUGAAAUAUUGUAAAGAAAAAAAAGAGUUUGAGUAUGACCGGAUAGGGAGUAUUGAGUAGUUCAUUACAGAUGAACUCAAGCAUAACUCUAACUACUUCAAAAUUAUGAUUAAGGAUAAAGAAAAAAUGAUAGAUCAAGAUGAUAAAGAAUUAGAGAAGGUCAAGAAAUCUAUCAAAGAUCAUACUAAAUUGCAAGAUAAACUAAAAGAUAUUCAGGAAUUGCUCCAAGAGAUUGAAAUUAGUAAAAUGAAAUGUUUACCUGAUAGGCUUACAAAUUGGCACUGCUGAAAAAUUAUAUAAAACUUUGGAAGUAAUUGAGUCAAAAGCAGUUAUAGGGUUGUUUAAGUAACAAUCUGAAGAAAUAUAGCUUUAUCUAACUCACGUCGAUUUGCUAUUCAAAACAAAAAAUUUUCAAUAAGACUCAGUAAUUCUUGAUGUUAUUUAAGUUUGAAAUAAUAAAUCUGAUUUCAAUGAUAAAGAACAUUUUGUUAGACAUGAAAUUUAAUUUACAAAUAAAAAUGCAGGAGGAUAAUAUGGCUACUUUUGAAACUAUGAAAUUUUUUGAAAAUACUAAAAUUACUCAUUCAAUUGCAUUAGAUUAUUUUAAGGACGAAUCCAUUUAGUUCUUAGGUAAGAUAUUGUCGCUAUAAUUAUCAUAGGUAUUUUAAUAAAAACAUGGGAAUAAUCAUUUGAAAAUUAAAAUGAGAUAUACAAGGAUAACAUAGAAUUUUGCUAGACUAUUGAAAAAUUAUCAGAUGAGACUUAUAAGGUUGAUGAUUCUCUUAAUUCAAAUCCACAAUUUAAAAAAUACUCUCUAAAAAAGACAGAAGUCUAAUUCUUAAAGCAUUCGAAUUGA